UAACUAAAACGGUAACAUCUCGCGCCAAUUUAAUAGUAAUUCGUAGUGUACAUUCAACGGUAAAUAUUUCUGACCGGGUGUAACUGGAGGAUUGGAUGUUCCAAAUAUUGCAAUAACCUACACAUUCAUAUGUCACUAAAUGAUCCCAGUGAUUUUUUAAAACAACUCUUGCGGACUACCUUGCAAACGAGAUAAACACCUCCGUCACUGGUGCAGAUAGUACAUUGGACUCCAGCCAAGAUUCAAUGAAGGCAGUUUGACAUAAACCGGUUGGACAUAUUUCGACAUGAGUGAAAUCCAGCUAGCAAGAUCAUUGCUUCCCUCACAGGUGAAGUUAGAGAUCUCUGAUGAAGGACUCGAAAGUGAAGUAGAUCAGGAAUCUGAUCGGAUCCCAUUCUCAGAAUCAACAAAUAUUCAACAAUACUCGGACAUAGACAGGUUCAACAGAUUAGUAAGGAAUAAGAACAAGGAAAAUAAAGAUGGUCCAAAACAAGUGUCAUCCCCAAGGUCAAAAUUAAGACAGUCAUUAAUUACCAAUGUCAAAUCUGAAGAAUCCACCUCUUGUAGUACAGAACGUUCUAUAACACCAACACCUGAAAGUGAUGAUAUCCAAGCACCCCUUACACCCACUGCUAAUCUCAAGAUGCUUUUCAGUGCAAUGAGUCCUGAAAUUAGAAAUCGAGAUAAAAGGAAAGAACUGUUUCACGAAGAGCAGGUUCAGGAUAAAAAUAAAUCUGUGCAAGUUGAUGAGCUGGAAAUUGAAGGAGACAGCACUCAUGAUUUGGAUGGAGAUGGAUGGAAACCUGGUUCUAGAAAAGAAAAAUCUCUAGGACUUUUAUGUCAAAAGUUCCUCCAGAAAUAUAAGGAGUUUCCAGGGGCGAAUGAGAGCAGCGAAAUAUCUCUAGAUGAAGUGGCAAAGGAAUUGGCUGUUGAACGACGAAGAAUCUAUGACAUUGUUAACGUCUUGGAAAGUGUCGAAAUUGUCAGCAGGAUUGCAAAGAACAAAUAUGCAUGGCAUGGGAAGACCAAUCUCAUAAACACUCUUGGAAAGUUAAAGGCAUUAGGUGUUGCAGAGGGUUUCGAUGAGCAGCUGAAAAACGUAAAAGAUUAUGAAUUGAACCGUGAACUGGAAGAACAGACAAACAACAAGGACUCUACCACCAAGCUGUCUAGUCAAAAAGGCAAAGGUGCCACACCUGGUGGAACAGCUUUGAUGAGGAAGGACAAAUCACUUGGUAUCAUGAGCCAGAAGUUUCUCAUGUUAUUUCUUGUCUCCCAGCCAAAAACUGUUAACCUCGAUUUAGCAGCAAAGAUCUUAAUUGGUGAUCCAAAUGUCGACAGAACAGAAAAUUCCAAGUUCAAAACAAAAAUCAGACGUCUGUAUGAUAUUGCAAAUAUACUCACAAGUCUAGACCUCAUUCGAAAAGUCCAUGUGACAGAAAUUAGAGGACGCAAACCAGCCUUCAAAUACAUUGGCCCAGAUGUAGACAACAUGAAGGACAUCAGUGUUUGCUACAAUGAUGGAUAUCACAGGCCUAGUUCUCGACAUUCUUUGCUGGAUUGCGUCAAAAAUCAGCAUGUUGCUGAUUUGGUUGGUCCCUACAAACCUAUUAAACCUAGCUGUACCUCUAGUGCUUCUGAUGGUGACCACAUCACUUCAUCAACAGCAAGUCCUGAAAUUCCAGACGUUAAAAAAUCAUCCUUUAGGCGUAAUUCUUCCUUUGAGCAAAUCUGUCAAGUAGCCGAGAAGGAGCGCCACAGACUAUACGCUUCCAUGUCACAACCUACUAGUCCAACUUGUGACCAACCUGAAGAUGAUUUUCCCAAGAGCUUGAGUCAGGAUGAUGUUCACCAGACUUUAAAGAAGCAGAUCAAGCCAAAAGGAAAACAUUUCAUUCUGCAACAAAAAAAUGGCCAGUUUCAAAUAGUCAACUCAGAUUGCACUGGACCUGUCACUCACAAACUCCCUGUGCAACCCGUCACAAAGAAAGUUGUCAAUAUUGCAGUGCCAAAGGAAUCCAAAGAAGUGCCAAACAAACCAGUGCCAGAGACAAUUGUUGUGAAAACUUCCCAGAUUAAUCAGAAACAGGCUACCAUGAUCCCCCUGACAAAGGAUCAGAUUGAUGCUGUGCUGAAAUCCCUCAAAGUGCCAGUUCCUAUCAACAGAAAUCUGAAGAAACCUGGAGAAUUUCAGGAAAUUGUAGACUGUUCAUCCUCAGCUUCAGUGCUUGAAAAACCCAAGGCGAUUGUUUGUUCUACAGAAACCAUUAUGUGUUCUCUUGACAGUGCUAAUAAUAAUAAUAACAAGAGGCAGCAUAGCAGUAGUCCAGAUGUUGAUUCGUCAAAAAGGAUCCGUAUAGAGUAUGCUACUCCUCCAUCUGACAACGACUCAACAUGUGACAUUUCUAGUGAUUCUACCUCUCCAGUUCAGCAAUCUCAAGUGAAACAAAGCAUUACAAAUAAUAUGCAACAGAUUGCUGUUCAGUUGCCAAACCAAUCACCAACCAUACUCCAGUUUCCUGUUGGCCAGUCCUCGGACAACUGUCAUAUCAUCAAUACCCCCAAGAUGAGCCAGUCAAACCUCACACCACAGAUGCAAAUUAUCCAGGGUGUACCUCUCAGUGCCUCAGGUGUUCAGGGACAACCCAUUAACUUUAUGGUGCCAAUAACAUUCAGUCCACCACUUACUCCUCAGAGUGAGUCUUCUAGUCCAACCAUGUUCUCGUUCCCUUCCACUCCGUGCACUUUCUCUACUGUUGAACAGAUACAGAGCAUCUCUAUGGCUUCAUCGAAAUUGACCAGUCCAGUUCCUCUGACCAAUCAGAGUUUAUUGACACCCACUGAAAGACCAACAAUCUCUGCUUCCACAUUCAUCACACCAACUGAAAGGCCGCAGGUUCUGUCCUCCAAAUUCUUCGGUUACACCCCUGGUGGAUUCCAGAGUCCUUCAGUAUCCAUUGUACCUACUAUGACCAAAGAUAUCUCAAGUUCCACAGCAAGGAAACUUGAUCUCCCAGAUAUUGCCAGUGUGAACUGUUAAUAGUGCAAAAGUAAUUAACUUAAAUGGUUGAUAAUGAUUAUUAUAAUGUGUGUCUACAAGGAUUUGCUUGGUGCAUGGAUUUACAAGCUUGUGUAAGUGUUACUAAAUGAACUAUUCAGAAUAGAUGUUGAUUUUUCAGUUGUGCCUGGUUUGAUUGUUUUAUGAUUGAAUGUACCCGGCGCAGGGGUAUUUAGAUGUCUGAUUUUUAUCCAUUUGUUAAUUAUUACUAUAUGAGAGUGAAUAUGCAAUGUGCAGCUGGGAAUUAUUUAAGUGCGGGAAUGUUGUCGUGAAUGACGAUGCGCACGUGUGUAUAUAUGUAUGUAGUUGAGGCGUUUAUCUGUAUAAGUGGAAUAUAUAUAUAUGGAAAGCAUGACGGAGAUAGCUAGCCUAUCUAGAAUCCUGUUGCCUAUUGAGGAUUAUAAAGAAAACAGUAUGGAUGUUGAAAGGAAUUUUUAUUUUAUUUUUUUAUGUGAAAUUUUAAGUGGCAAGAAAAAUUCCAUGGAGUUGUAUGUAGAAUGACCAGAAAACAAUGCUCAGUGUUAAUUUAGCAUUACUGUGAUAACAUCGCACACAAUUUUAGUUCUUUUUUUUUUUAGAUUCAGCAAAAUUUUUAAUUCAUUCCGUUAGUUUUAAGAUCCAUCUCAUCACCUUCAUCAUAAAUUAUGAUUUCAUUGUUGUCAUCACUACUCCUGGUUUUGUUUUUCUCAUUGUUAUGCAUGGAUUUAAUGCUUAUUACAUUCAAUGUAUGUUAUGAAUAUUCAUCUGCUCAUUAGUGCCAGAUUUUUGUAUUUAUAUUCACAGAAAUAUAUAUCAUUAAUUUCAAAUCAUUUGCAUGAACCAAGAAAUGGUAUUAAGAAUGAUUAAAUAUUUCACAAAAUUAUCUCCAUAUAAAGUCAUUACAAUUCAGAAUUGUUAAGUUUUUAAUAUUUUAGUUUUUUUAUCACUACAUCUGUGCCUAAUAUCAAUUAUUAUUUUAAUUUAAAACAUGCACAGAAUAUUUUGUAUAUAUAUUAUCUGUACAGGGAAGCAUCUACCUAAUAUAAUAUAAUAAUAAACUAUUUAAU